AUGUUUCACCAACAGCAGCCACGAUGGCACAUGUCUUGCCUUUUGAAGAGUGACAGCAUACCAAGACACGACUCUGUCUUUCUUGGAUCUCUAGUACACACUCUUUCAUUUAUCCCCCGUUAUUUCCUCCAAGAGUCAUCUCUGAAGAUGACACUUCUCGGCACCGUUGCUACCAUCCUCUACAUUACCUCUACCGCUACCGCCACUGGACCGGCCCCUUCCAACGUCAAGAUCAAAGGCGUCAGCGUCCUCGGAAGUGGUUGCCCUGCCGGCACCGCCGACGUCCAGGUCGAUGCCACCUUUUCGACCUAUGAAGUGCAGACUGAUCCUGGCACCCAGGCAGUGCAUUGGCGCAGAGAUUGCAAGCUUCACCCUCAACAUGGAGUUUGA